AUGCUUGAAAAUACGUCGUGGGAAACUAAGUUAGACGAUCGCGAUGAGACAGGCAAACAGCCAGCCUCGGAGAAGAACACCAGACCCAGUCAAUGGGACGUGACUGUACGCGCCAAUGAGCACCUUGAUGAGCAAGAGGUGAGAGAGGUGAGUGAUGAUGAGCAAGAGGUGAGAGAGGUGAGUGAUGAUGAGCAAGAGGUGAGAGAGGUGAGUGAUGAUGAGCAAGAGGUGAGAGAGGUGAGUGAUGAUGAGCAAGAGGUGAGAGAGGUGAGUGAUGAUGAGCAAGAGGUGAGAGAGGUGAGUGAUGAUGAGCAAGAGGAGAGAGAGGUGAGUGAUGAUGAGCAAGAGGAGAGAGAGGUGAGUGAUGAUGAGCAAGAGGUGAGAGAGGUGAGUGAUGAUGAGCAAGAGGAGAGAGAGGUGAGUGAUGAUGAGCAAGAGGUGAGAGAGGUGAGUGAUGAUGAGCAAGAGGUGAGAGAGGUGAGUGAUGAUGAGCAAGAGGAGAGAGAGGUGAGUGAUGAUGAGCAAGAGGUGAGAGAGGUGAGUGAUGAUGAGCAAGAGGUGAGAGAGGUGAGUGAUGAUGAGCAAGAGGAGAGAGAGGUGAGUGAUGAUGAGCAAGAGGAGAGAGAGGUGAGUGAUGAUGAGCAAGAGGUGAGAGAGGUGAGUGAUGAUGAGCAAGAGGAGAGAGAGGUGAGUGAUGAUGAGCAAGAGGAGAGAGAGGUGAGUGAUGAUGAGCAAGAGGAGAGAGAGGUGAGUGAUGAUGAGCAAGAGGUGAGAGAGGUGAGUGAUGAUGAGCAAGAGGAGAGAGAGGUGAGUGAUGAUGAGCAAGAGGUGAGAGAGGUGAGUGAUGAUGAGCAAGAGGUGAGAGAGGUGAGUGAUGAUGAGCAAGAGGAGAGAGAGGUGAGUGAUGAUGAGCAAGAGGAGAGAGAGGUGAGUGAUGAUGAGCAAGAGGUUAGAGAGGUGAGUGAUGAUGAGCAAGAGGAGAGAGAGGUGAGUGAUGAUGAGCAAGAGGUGAGAGAGGUGAGUGAUGAUGAGCAAGAGGUGAGAGAGGUGAGUGAUGAUGAGCAAGAGGAGAGAGAGGUGAGUGAUGAUGAGCAAGAGGAGAGAGAGGUGAGUGAUGAUGAGCAAGAGGUGAGAGAGGUGAGUGAUGAUGAGCAAGAGGUGAGAGAGGUGAGUGAUGAUGAGCAAGAGGUGAGAGAGGUGAGUGAUGAUGAGCAAGAGGAGAGAGAGGUGAGUGAUGAUGAGCAAGAGGAGAGAGAGGUGAGUGAUGAUGAGCAAGAGGUGAGAGAGGUGAGUGAUGAUGAGCAAGAGGUGAGAGAGGUGAGUGAUGAUGAGCAAGAGGAGAGAGAGGUGAGUGAUGAUGAGCAAGAGGUGAGAGAGGUGAGUGAUGAUGAGCAAGAGGUGAGAGAGGUGAGUGAUGAUGAGCAAGAGGAGAGAGAGGUGAGUGAUGAUGAGCAAGAGGAGAGAGAGGUGAGUGAUGAUGAGCAAGAGGUGAGAGAGGUGAGUGAUGAUGAGCAAGAGGUGAGAGAGGUGAGUGAUGAUGAGCAAGAGGUGAGAGAGGUGAGUGAUGAUGAGCAAGAGGUGAGAGAGGUGAGUGAUGAUGAGCAAGAGGUGAGAGCGGUGAGUGAUGAUGAGCAAGAGGUGAGAGCGGUGAGUGAUGAUGAGCAAGAGGUGAGAGCGGUGAGUGAUGAUGAGCAAGAGGUGAGAGAGGUGAGUGAUGAUGAGCAAGAGGUGAGAGAGGUGAGUGAUGAUGAGCAAGAGGUGAGAGAGGUGAGUGAUGAUGAGCAAGAGGUGAGAGAGGUGAGUGAUGAUGAGCAAGAGGUGAGAGCGGUGAGUGAUGAUGAGCAAGAGGUGAGAGAGGUGAGUGAUGAUGAGCAAGAGGUGAGAGCGGUGAGUGAUGAUGAGCAAGAGGUGAGAGCGGUGAGUGAUGAUGAGCAGGAGGUGAGAGAGGUGAGUGGUGAUGAGCAAGAGGUGAGAGAGGUGAGUGAUGAUGAGCAAGAGGUGAGAGAGGUGAGUGAUGAUGAGCAAGAGGUGAGAGCGGUGAGUGAUGAUGAGCAAGAGGUGAGAGCGGUGAGUGAUGAUGAGCAAGAGGUGAGAGAGGUGAGUGAUGAUGAGCAAGAGGUGAGAGAGGUGAGUGGUGAUGAGCAAGAGGUGAGAGAGGUGAGUGAUGAUGAGCAAGAGGUGAGAGAGGUGAGUGAUGAUGAGCAAGAGGUGAGAGAGGUGAGUGAUGAUGAGCAAGAGGUGAGAGCGGUGAGUGAUGAUGAGCAAGAGGUGAGAGCGGUGAGUGAUGAUGAGCAAGAGGUGAGAGAGGUGAGUGAUGAUGAGCAAGAGGUGAGAGAGGUGAGUGAUGAUGAGCAAGACGUGAGAGCGGUGAGUGAUGAUGAGCAAGAGGUGAGAGCGGUGAGUGAUGAUGAGCAAGAGGUGAGAGAGGUGAGUGAUGAUGAGCAAGAGGUGAGAGAGGUGAGUGAUGAUGAGCAAGAGGUGAGAGAGGUGAGCGAUGAUGAGCAAGAGGUGAGAGAGGUGAGCGAUGAUGAGCAAGAGGUGAGAGAGGUGAGCGAUGAUGAGCAAGAGGUGAGAGAGGUGAGCGAUGAUGAGCAAGAGGUGAGAGAGGUGAGCGAUGAUGAGCAAGAGGUGAGAGAGGUGAGCGAUGAUGAGCAAGAGGUGAGAGAGGUGAGCGAUGAUGAGCAAGAGGUGAGAGAGGUGAGCGAUGAUGAGCAAGAGGUGAGAGAGGUGAGCGAUGAUGAGCAAGAGGUGAGAGAGGUGAGCGAUGAUGAGCAAGAGGUGAGACGCCGUGAUGGUGUGACGUCCAUAGACGGAAGGGGGGAACGGGACGGCGUGAUGGGGGAGGGUCGGUCGGGGGGUGAGGGAGGGGCAGGGGUACUUGGUACAAGGGCGGGCAGGCAGGCAGGCAGGCCGGCAGGAAGGGUGGCAGACAGGCAGGCUGGGUGGCAAGCUAAAGGAGAAGAGGUGGGAAAUGAACUAGUGGUGGCGUUGAAAUGA